GGAGGCGCGGAUAGAGAGGUUUUUUUUUUUGUAUACGAGAGGUGUUCGAGGCGUUCAAGCCCAGCUCACGCGAAGCCAGAGAGUCAAGUCCGUUGAGCCGGCCCGGCCAAAUUCGGCCGGGCCAGCCAUCCUCCCAGGGAAGACGGGACGUGUUGGACUAUGUACCACGAGGAGGAGGAGGAAGAGGAGGAGGAGAGGGAGUCGGGCAGCAGCCAAUCGUCGGCAACAGAAACGCCUCUUCCUCCUCCUCUACCGACCUGGCUGGAUCCCCUGUACCAGAUGACAAGCCCUGCAAGCACCUGCCAGGGCUACAGCGUGGACGUGCCCAGCACAAGCCAAGGCUUGUUCGUCCCCACCGUGACGGCCAUCACCACCAGCCAGGACCUCCAGUGGAUGGUCCAGUCGACCGUGAUCACCUCCUCUGCCUCGUCGCACCAAUACCCCCGCGUCCCACCGCCCGCUUAUGUGGAACCGGAUCCGGCCCCGCCUGGCCCCAGCUGGCAGGAGGAACAGGCCCAGCAGCCAGGCCCCAGUGGAGCUCGCCACCAGGGCCACCAGGUGGGGUUGGAGGCUCGCUCUCUGGGAGGACGGAGGCGCAGGGAUGAAGACCUCUCGGCGGAGGAGGCGGAAAGGCGCCGAGUUCGUCGCGAGCGGAACAAACAGGCGGCCGCGCGCUGCCGAAACCGGCGGAGAGAGUUGACGGACAGACUACAGUCGGAGACGGACGAGCUGGAGGACCGCAGCACGGGCCUCCGUGCCGAGAUCGAGACGCUCAGCAAGGAGAAGGAGCGACUGCAGCUCGUGCUCGCGGCGCACAAGGGCUUCUGCAAGAUCGCGCACGAAGACGACGUGGAGGACUGCGCCCUCGCCACGUCCGCGCACCUCGUGUGCGUGCCGCCCCCCUCCUCCAAGAGCGAGGGGGAACUGCAGCUCGGCUCUCAGCUGCAACAGCUGCAGCAGCAGCAGGAGUGUGCCGAGCCGUCGGCCGGAGCAAACAUCUCAGGCAGCUACUACUUUGACUUCGAGCCCAUCGCCGGGCCCUCUUCGUCCGCGUCAUCUGCCGCCACGGCUGCGGGCACCUCCACGUCUGUGGGGGGUCCCUUCCCGUCCACCUCGGGUUACCACCCGUUCUUGCUGCAGGGCGCAGGUCCGGGCCAGGACGAGGGGAACCAGGCGGGUGGCGACGCGCCUCCGCCGCCGCAGCAGCAGCAGCAGCAGCGCGCGCCCGGCAGCAGUAACGGGGAGCAGUCGUCGGAUUCGCUCAGCUCGCCCACGCUGCUCGCGCUCUAGCGGUGGAGUCGUGGAGGAGGAGGAGGGGGAGGAAGGGGUGCAUGAGCUUGCCUUUGUUUAGUUCCUCGGUUGCCCCGAGUCUCCCAGCCGCGCUCCGACAAAAGUGAUGACGACGACGAUGGCGGUGAUGAUGGUGAUGAUGGUAGUGAUGAUGGUGAUAAUGAUGCGGUUUUGGAGAAUGUUUCUUUUCUGCAACCAAUGCAACUCGCGGCAAGCUUCGGCACGGGGUAAUUUCUUUGCCAAAUUUUUCGUAAAAUUCCUUGGCAGCUCACGAUCGAACGGACGUUAAACGCUUCCUUCGUUGUGACUAGUAUUGAUCAUUGCUUUAUUACUAUUUAUUUUUUAUAUAUAUACAUGAUUUUUAGAUAUACAUACAGUAUAUGUGUGCGCAUGUGUAAAUACAAUAUGUGUAUGGUUGGCAUUGGCCGCGCACAUUCACACAGUCACUCCACUGCCUUAGAAAUGCAUGGGCAUUUUGCUCGGCUAUCUCCGGCCACUGCGCCGUUGUGGUCAUUAACGUCUUAGUAUUUAUACUUAAUAUCGCACACACCUUGGGCAUUAGCCACACACACACACGCGCGCGCGGCGUUUUAAUGCCUUCGUGAAUGAACGCACGAAUCCCUUGCGAGAUUAGAGAGAGGAAGUCGCCUCUGCCAGUAAUAAUCUUGACGCGGUCGAGGAUAAAUGUUGCAGGCUCGUAAUUUCUCGCUGAUGGAGAGAGCCUCCAACUAGUACCUCCAGAGUGUCGCUCCAGAGGGGUGUAUUUUUGUGUUUUGCUCGAUUUUUUCACAUCGGACAGACGUCUUGGAAGCGUUGGGGCGUCACCCACACUUUACACACGAUCGGCCUCUCGACUUUGGCGUACACAUUUCGUGCCGUUGGGUGGACCCACAGGCAGGGGUCGUCGUUUCUUUUGUACGUCACGUCGCACUCGGGCAUUCAUUCUCUCGGAGAGUUGUCGCAAAGGGGGCCUUCUUUUGGAUUUGAAUGCACGCGCAGGAGUAGAUAUCUGCGUCUCUGCGGAUUUUAGUUAACUCGUGUGCGUACAAAUUGCUCCGUGAUGUGGCCUUUGGUGUUUUGGGACCAGAUUCGCACAAACAUUUCUAUGAAACGACCGGAAUGCGUAGCCCUAAAGUUCUAACCCUUUUUCUGGCAAUGGAUAUUUUAAAACUGUACCACGCUUUUGUCAAUCUACUGCAGGACGGAGGCCAAGCCACGCCACGUCGGUGUCAGGGGUUUGUACUCUACGAUGGUGGCCACUGAUAUGGCGAGCGAUAUCUGGAAUGACGCCGUCGCUCCGGAGGUAUUGGCGUGUUUUUUCCGCUCAAAUUCGGCCAGAAGAACGUUCAGCAAAUGUAAAUCAUCCCUCUUUGUCUGACUUCUUUCGCAAGACAAUGAGCCCAAUGGUUUAUUAAACUGAACCAAAACAUAAUUUGCUGGUUUAAAACAGGCAUUGCUUGGCCAGCAUUUAUUUCCUUAUCGAUGAUGGUAUUAAUUGUACGUGCGAUGAAACGAUGUCAAUUACGGCUGUCGUAUUCCGCGCGAUCCAAGAACCCUGAUUCCGAGUCUCAAUGCAUGGUAAGGGGCGUGACGAUUAAUCGAUUUCGAUUUAAAGCUUUCGUGACUGCAGGGAUUCAUCUUCUUGGUUCUUUCGGUAAAGUCACGUAGAA